UGUGCGCUUCCUCGGAGUAAACAGAGAGAGAAGAUUGACUGAGCGAAAAAAUGCAGAUCUUUGUGAAAACCCUAACGGGGAAGACGAUAACCCUAGAAGUAGAGAGCAGCGACACCAUUGACAAUGUCAAAGCAAAGAUCCAAGACAAGGAAGGUAUUCCUCCUGAUCAGCAGCGAUUAAUCUUCGCCGGAAAGCAGCUCGAAGAUGGCCGGACCCUUGCUGACUACAACAUCCAGAAAGAGUCUACGUUGCAUCUGGUUCUGAGGCUUCGUGGAGGAAUUAUCGAGCCUUCUUUGAUGGCUUUGGCUCGAAAAUACAAUCAGGACAAGAUGAUUUGCAGGAAGUGCUACGCACGUCUGCAUCCCAGGGCUGUCAAUUGCAGAAAGAAGAAAUGUGGUCACAGCAACCAGCUGAGGCCAAAGAAGAAGAUCAAGUGAGCUCUUGUUGAGUCUUGCUUACAUCUUGUAGGGGUAUUGCAUCGUAGAGUAUCGACUAGUCUCUUUCUAAAAGAACGGAUUGCUUGGUUGCAAAAGGAUUUUGUCUUUGUAAUUUCAUUGACGCGUUAAGUUGGAUGCUUUUUUUUAUUAAUUUGAGAUGCGAUAUUGCUGGGAUUUUAUUAAUCUUUCUUUUCUGUCUAA